GACAGGGCGCCACUUUAACCGUAACACCUGCACAGAAAGCUGAGCGACAUUAUCGACUAAAAACAUUCUACCACGCUUUUUAAAGGGGGUGAAGUGAACAGGAACCAGAAGAUGGAAAACCAACAGGACAAUUCUAAAGGAGCUCCUCUAGCAGCAUGGAUCUUCCUGAGAGCCAGAGCGGCCCUGGCAGUGGCUCUAAUAAAGAACAGGCCCCCGGGUAUGAGUGGCAGAGAGCACGCCGAGGCUUUGGGCCGCACGCUGAGGAGUCAGGAUGAAAGCUGGAAGAAAAAAGCCCAGGAGCUUCAGCAGGAGGUGCUGAGGCUGCGGCAGGAAUUACUGAUCACCAGAAUGAUGUCUGACACAAAGAGCUCAACAGAAGCUGCAGGUCAGUACAGCCCAAUGGAUGUUUCUCAAGACUUGUUUGGCCAAGAAGACAUGGCCUGCAGCUCAGAUCUUCAACCAAGCAGGAACUCAGAGACCCCUGAACUCAUGCUGCAGGACCCCCAGUCUGGUCCAAAUCCCCCACAGCCUCCAGCUACUGCCAGUCUUCAGGAGAAUCCUGGUUGUAGAUCUGGUCUUCCUCACGCACACUUCCUGCAGUCUCUGUGUGCUCUACACCGAGUGGAGGGAAGCAGAGGUCUGGAGUCGCUCUGGUUCUGCUCAGACAAAGAUGCAGUGUCAUUGUUAGUGGAAUCUGUGUGCCAGCUGCUGGACUCUGUGGUGUCUGCAUGCAGAGACCCCCUCCCUCUGGGACCCAGUGACCUGGUCCUUCAGGGCUGUCAGGUGGCGUCCCGAGCCAUGGAUCUGUUCUGCUCUCAGAGGCUGCCGUCUGUGGAGUUCACAAAGCGGGUGGAGGACUCACUGAAGGAGCUGACGGGGAUGCUGCUGAACAGCCAUCGGUUCAGUGGGCUCCAGGCUGCAGAGAAGCUGACAGAGUACCUGAUCACGCUGGGGAGCAGUAGCAUGUCAAAGUCCUCUCUCAUCCGUCACAUCCUCUCUGAAAUCAGCGCUCUGGCUGAUCAGCUCUGGCAGGCCUUCCAGAAUGGUCCACUGGGGCAACGUGACUUUAGAAGUUCUGCUUCCAAAUCCAAAGAUGGACCAGGGCUCCUCAGGGUUGGACGGUUUCCCCGUGGAUCAGUACCAGAACUCGUGCUUCCUGUUCUGGGUUGUGGAGCAGCUCCUGCAGAGGUCGAAGGUACCGUGUCGAGUGGGGGUGGGGUCGGAUCAGUCGGGCUUCUUCAGCCACUUGGAACAGCGUGUUUUUCUGCUGUCCAGCGAGUUUCCAUUGUUCUCGCUCUACAUGUGGAGGAUAGGAGGUCUGCUCACCUCCUCAGACAGACCCUAACACUGAGACAGGUGAACAUCUAAGACACUGUCUGGAUGUGCUUCAGUAGGAAAUACAUCACAAUGAAAAUAGACAAAUGUCUUUAAAAGCCAUGAAUUAGUUUGUUUUUAAUUCAAUUUUAACAAAUAAAUCCCUUUAA